AUGAGGGUUGGUAUUAUAUACGUUCACCGCCAACACAGGCAAGUAAUAGGAGCUCUACAGUCACGCUCCCCGACCAGACAAGAAGGAUCUAAGCACGAAGUCAACGAUGCUCAACAUGCAUCAAUCUCUAGGUCUGUGGCAAAGGAAGAUCUGGCGUGUGUUGCGGAGGAAGGCAGCAACACCCACACCAAAGAGCCCGCUGCUAAAGUGCGUCGAAGGGAGCAGAAGGGUGACGCUGCAUCGGGCUCUCCUGACGGAAGACCAGGAACUGUCCCCGUUGGCGCCACUGGAAGCAUCCUGCAAGGUGUUCUAAGCUUCUUCAAGAGGAAGGAAUCCUCGCCAUCCGUCCCGCCACCUUCCCUGUCCCGUCUACCUUUCCGUCUGUCCUUCAGCAGUAUCUUUCUUGGGAGUCGUUCUGAAGACCAACAGCAGGAGCAGCAGCAACAGGAACUGAAGCAACAAAAGGAGCAAUUACCUCUUACAGAAGACAUCUCUAAGGACAAAGAAAGCAUUCCUCCAACGACUCAAGGACAACCCUCGGCGGUGGCUACACUACAAGCCUUCCGUCAGGAAAGUUCUCUGAAGCGUCCUCGGCAGGAGACAGAUAAGCCUGGCCCCAGUCUAUCAGCCCACCAGGAGCCUUCCCUUGAGCCUCCCCGAGCUCCCACCACAGCUUCGGACGAUGUCAGAUCGCAGGUAAGUAAAAAGGCAGAGAUGCCCAAGAUACGUCCUCCUUCCCUCCGACGAAGUAAAGCUGAAGACGGCCAUGGAUCCAUACAAGUCUCCUACGAGCAGUUCCGCUGGUUCGCACAGUUAACAGAGAGCCCGAAGAUACACAAUUUCCUGAAGAGGGACAUUUGUUACCGCCAUGCCGACAAGUACCUUCUGGCCAUGGUGUUUACAUAUUUCGUCCGCGCCUGCCUCAGGAAGGAUCAGUACACUGAGAAAUAUUUCUUCGCCGCCUUGUACCUGGCCCACGACAUGGAGGAAGACGAGGAGGAACUGAAGUACGAGGUGUUUCCUUGGGCGUUGGGUGCUCGCUGGCGGAGAUCAUAUCAUUCUCUGCUCAAAGUGCGUGAUGACAUCUUCUGGGCCAUCCACUGCCGCGCUGUUGUUUCCAAGCGAGGAUGUGAUCAGGUGAUGGACAUGCAGCCGGAUUGUUGGUUGUGGCAGCGGGAGAGGCCCACCUACCACGGGGGAGCCACGCGGGACUACCUCAGGGAUCCUUCUGAUGAUGGUCGUCCCCGAGGACCUGGAAGGUCCCCACUGCAGUGUCAACUUUGCCUGGAGCGUGAAUGCGUAAAUUCAGAGAACUCAUACUUGCUCUACCUUUCAGACUCUUCCUCCAGCAUGGGCACUCUCUGUUUGGAAGCCUCCAUCAUAGAACACAAAGAAGGAGACUCUGGCUUUGAAACUUUCCUUUGCGAGCCGUGUGGCACUAGCCUCGUCUCCCUGGAACCUGCGCUCAAGAGAACCUCCCCUGAACUUGAAGUCGUACGGCAAUGAAAAACAAAGUAAGUUAUUCCCAUACCAAGUUAGUCUGCCCAAGAGCUGCAGUGCAAGUAAUAUGAAUUAGUACUAGAAGUGUCAAGAAGCAGGAGAGCUAGGAAUAUUUCAGUGGAUAAACUUGAGUGGUGUCUGAAUUGGACUGAUCAGUUAUCACUUUAUUUGAAAGUACAUUUACUUUGGAAAUAAUGAGAGAAGACGUAAUUAGUGCUCCAAACAUUCAGUUUAGAUUAAAGGGUUAGCGGUGUAGAUCUGAUCAAUUAGCAAAGCUUUUUGAGUUAUAAAGAUAUAUUACAUGUUGAUUCAAAAUUCCGCAUUUCACAUUAUUUUAAGGACAGUCCUAUUGACUUAAAUUUGGAAUGUUCAAUUAUUGCCAAUAACUUACUGGUAAGGAAAAAUAUCCAUUUGGUUUUGUGUCCUCUCUCGUUACUGCAUAAAUCUUUCCAAAGCUCAUUAUAAAAAAAAUUAAUAUACUCGUAUGUCCUUUAUUUAUUUCUAGGUCACAUACAGCAUACUGAUUUGGUUACAGGGAAAUAUCAACUAUUAUUGAAAUUGAAUGUUGCGCUUUCGUUACAACAAAUAUCAAGUUUGUGUUCUUAUGUUUGGCCACUUUAGCGGAUGUAGAUGUUUUCACCAUGACGAUUUAGAAUAGCUACUCAUCAUUCAGCCCUUUGCUUUAUAUACCCAUUAUUUAUACUUUACACGAUUGAAUUUAUUCAUUGCAUUUUCAUUUGCAUUCAAGUUCGAUUAACUGAAUGCCUGCAGAGUAAUUUAUUGUUGACAGUGAAGUGAGAGCCUUGUAGUCUGAUGGAAUCUCCAUGAAAAAAAAAGAAUAAAUAAAAAUAAAAAUAAAAAAAAUAGAAAAAUAACCUAUUAUACUUGUAAAUAUAAUUACUGAUACACGCAUGGAUAUUUAUUUUUGCAUUUGCAUUUAUUAGUGUGUGUGUGUGUGUGUGUGUGUGUGUGUGUGUGUGUGUGUGUGUGUGUGUGUGUGUGUGUGUGUGUGUGUGAUUGUCUCUAAGAUAUAUGGAUAUGAUAUAUUACGCAUCAUGUUUGUACACUUAUUUGUACUACGGUAGGUGGACACUUUUGCAGUAUACAGGUUGGUGCGGCCAGGGGUGCGGCAAGCAUGCUGGGGGCGGUGCGUAGAUAGAGAUCGUGAGUUCAAGGCAGUCCUGUGGCUUCACUGCUGCAUUGCAUGUCGCAGUGUCUCUCUUAUACCAUGUACUGGGAAUUUG